AUAGAGAGAGAGACUCUACCAAGUGUUGUGUUGUGGCAUUCCACCUCUGAGGCUCUCUCUAGGGUUUGUUGGCUUUCAAAUCGAACCGAUUCCAUGGCGGAAGAAAGAUUCACGGGCGUUGUGCAGUGGUUCAACAAUGGAAAGGGCUUCGGCUUCAUUAAGCCUGACGACGGCGGCGAGGAUCUCUUCGUUCAUCAGUCAUCCAUCAGAUCCGACGGUUACCGCACUCUCCUCGAGGGCGAUCGCGUCGAGUUCGCUAUCGCCACCGGCGACAACGACAAGACCAAGGCCGUCGAUGUCACCGGAAUCGACGGCGCACCGCUCCAGCCCCGCGCCGCCGCCGGCAAUCGUGGUUCUGGGUACGGCUUCGGCUCCAGGCGGAAUGGCGCGGGCUCUGGCGGAGCCACGUGCUACCAGUGUGGCGAUUUCGGCCAUCUGGCUAGGGACUGCAACCGAAGCAGCAAUUCAGGCGGCGGAGGCGGGGGAGGGUGCUUUGUUUGCGGCGGGUUCGGUCACCUCGCGAGGGAUUGCGUGCGCGGAGGAAACGGCGGCGGAGGAGGCGGCGGCGGAAGCGGCUCUUGCUUUAGGUGUGGUGGAUUUGGACACAUGGCGAGGGAUUGCGCAACCGCGAAGAGCGUCGGUGGUGGUGGUGGUGGUAGUGGUGGCGGUUGUUUUCGGUGUGGGGAGGUAGGUCAUUUGGCUAGGGAUUGCGGCAUUGAAGGAGGAAGGUACGGCGGUGGUAAUAGUGGUGGUGGUGGUGGCGGCGGCGGCGGUGCUGGGAAGAGCACCUGCUUUAAUUGUGGGAAGCCUGGGCAUUUUGCGAGGGAGUGUGUCGAGGCUUCCGGGUGAGGUGAAGGGUUACGUUUUGCGAAGGGAGAAAAAGUCCAUUGUUCCAGAUACAAAUGGAUUGGGUUGAGAAGUGACUAUUUGAAGAAGUGAACCAAAAUCAAAUGCCAGCUCACGGUUGUCUGGUAGACUCGUUUAUUAACAUCCAUUGGUGUUUGAUCUUUUCUUUAAAAUCUAUUCAAGCUAUGGUCACCAAAAAAACAGGGCUCGUGCUCAAUUUAUUUAUUGACUUGGAUGGAGCGUUAAUCUUAUCCCCAACACAAAUUAUGGCUACCAAAACUUCUCCUCCUAGUAUCUUUUAUUUUUUGUUGAACUCACAUGAAUUAAGAAAUGUUAAUUGCCAAGUGGCUUCGUGA